AUGAACAUUGAAGGUCAUGCCAGAAACUUUGAAACCCAUGAACUACCAGCAAUGUUAGACAGUAAAGCUGACAAGAACCAUACACAUACAAGUUUUACAACUGUUGCUAUAGAAAGUAUUGAAGGAACGGUUGAAGAAACUGGUGGGGAUGCAUUAUAUUGUAAACCUCCUAACUUUCCACAAGGUUUAACAUCGGAUGACGACAUAACGACGAUGAGAAACAUUAGAUGUAAAGAUGUUUAUGUCAUGAAGGAUGAAUAUAAUAUUAAAUUCACUGCUCAAGAUUUAUAUGACAAGAAGGCUGACAAAACAGAGCUUCAAACAUUAAAGACUGAAAUACUUCAAACAUUAUAUCCUGCAGGCUCUAUUUAUACGUCAAUGAACUCAAUAAAUCCAGCAACAGUUCUGGGUUUCGGUACGUGGGAGCAGAUUGUAGAUAAAUUCUUAUACUGUGCGAACUCUUCAAAGCAAACAGGUGGUUCGAAGAAAAUUAAAGAAGCAAACCUUCCACCGCACACUCAUACAGGAACUACAAACACAACAGGUAGUCAUUCACAUUCAAUAACAAAAAGAGGUUAUACAAAUCUUGCAGCAGGUUCGGAUAGACAGGGAAUGCAUAGAUAUGAUAUUUCAAGUGACCCAGUAGAUUUAAGCACAGGUAUUUUCUGUGGAACCACAGGAAAUCAUUCACACACUUUCACAACAAAUCCAACAGGCUCGGGUAAAGAUUACAUGCCACCAUUUGUGACUGUAUUUGCAUGGUACCGCGUUCAAUGA